AUGGUCCGUUACGCCGCCCAGGAGAUCCCCAACGAGAAGAGCGCUCGCGCUCGGGGCUCUUACCUCCGUGUCAGCUUCAAGAACACCCGUGAGACCGCUCAGGCCAUCAACGGCAUGAAGUUGACCAAGGCUCUGUCCUACCUCGACAACGUCACCAAGAAGACCAUGGCUAUCCCCAUGCGCCGGUACGCCGGUUCUACCGGUCGCACUGCACAGGGCAAGCAGUUUGGUGUCUCCAAGGCCCGCUGGCCCGUUAAGUCUGCCGAGUUCCUCAUCGACCUCCUGAAGAACGCUGAGGCCAACGCCGAUACCAAGGGUCUCGACACCGGCAACCUGAUUGUCAAGCGCAUCCAGGUUAACCAGGCUCCCAAGGGCCGCCGCCGCACUUACCGUGCCCACGGUCGUAUCAACCCCUACAUGACCAACCCCUGCCACAUUGAGCUCAUCCUUACUGAGGCCAACGAGGAGGUCAAGAAGGCCCCCGAGACCGCCGUCGUCCGUCUUAGCUCUCGCCAGCGCGGUGCUCAACUCCGUCGUGCCAUCCAGGCAUAA